UCACCCACGACCCAUGAGGCCCGUAAUCCGACUUCGUCUUCGGAUGCAAAGUGGAGGCUUCGAUGGUAUUAAUAUGCAUUGGAACGCACAACGCCAUGUGUGAUAGCAUUUCUGUGAACUUAAAGUCCUAGCGGCAGGGCACCCUGGUCUUCCCGCGUAUCUCCCGCUGAUUGUAUAUCUUGACCUCGAACAAACGGGCGAUGGCCGCUGCUACUACCUUCGAGGGUGUGCCGCUGAGCCAGCUCUUCCCUGAGGAGAAGCUGCGAUGGAGGGGAUACAUUGAAUGGGAGGACAACCCCGCCCGCAAAGAGAUCGCAAAGCGCAUUCUCGCAACCAAGGAGUUCACGCCUAGCCCAGAAUUCCAACUCGAGCCGCUCCCGAAGACAAACCCCGUCCUGAUCGGGUACCGCUGGAAAGAGUACCAUGAAGCCCUCGGCCUCAAGCGAAUCGUGGACUUCAGCUGGGAGACCGUCCAGAAGGAAAAGCCGGACAUGAUCCACUUGCUUGACUUUCCCUAUAACGGCGAAACACCCAGCAAGGCGCUCAUGGAGGGCAAGCUCACAGAUAACAAGUACCAUUUUGUUAGGAACCACGGUGGUGUCCCCGACAUCGACGAAGACGCGUUCGAGCUUGAGAUCGGCGGGCUCGUCAACACGCCUGUGAAGCUGACAAUGAAGGAGCUCAAGGACGCAUCGCGCUUCCCGCAGAAAGAAGUGACUGUCACCCUCCAAUGUAGCGGUACCCGCCGCAUCGAGCAGAUUCAGGAGUACCCUGGCGACGGCGACGAACUCAUCAAUGCUCCAUGGGGCGAGGGUGCGAUCGGAACGGCCGUUUAUCGUGGCGUACCGCUGAAGAAGGUGCUUAAGCACGCAUGCGGCGGGCUCAAGCCCGAGGCGAGGCACCUCGAAUUCAUAGGAGCCGAUACCUACUUCAAGAAGGGCCACGUCUUCAAUUACGCCGUCUCCGCGCCCUGGCGCAAAGUGCGCAACCAGGGCGGCGAAGAAGUUCUGCUCGCCUGGGAGAUGAACGGCAAGCCCCUCCCCAAGAUCCACGGGUUCCCGCUGCGCGUGAUCGUGACGGGCAUGAUCGGCGCGCGCAGCACAAAAUGGCUGUAUAAGAUCAACGCGCUCGCGGAGCCGAGCCUCGCCCCUGUGCAGAGCCAGGAGUACCUCUACUACACCAGUCAGAUCGGCAAGCAGAACGUCAAGUACUCGAACGGGUUCAGUAUCCAGAACAUGCCUGUCUCGAGCGCAAUCAUCUUCCCGAAGGACAAGGAAGUGAUCAUACAUGAUGGCCAUAUCGAGCUGUCGGGGUGGGCGUACAGUGGAGGUGGCAACUGGCCGGAACGAGUUGAAGUCUCGCCUGACGGUGGGCAUGUCUGGUACCAAGUCGACCAAGCCGACAUGACCGAGAAGCAUUACCACGCCUGGCGCAUCUGGAAGAUCUCCGUGCCCGUCGACGCAGAGGGCUGGAUCGAGUUCUGCGCCCGCACCUGGGACUCGUCGAACAACACCGAACCGACCUUCGUACGCUCUGCCUGGAACUGGGACCUUCACGUCACAUCCUCCUGCCACCGCAUCAAGCUCUACAGCAUGAACCGUACCAGACCCGAGACGAAGGCCAGACUCGAGCUCUACGCCUCGCGCGGCGAGAGCAUAACGCCCAUCACAAAGCCGACCGAGUACGGCUUGGAGGACAUGGACGAGUACCUCGCGAAGAUGCGCGCGUUCCCCAGGGAGCCGAAGACCGACUACUGAAUGUGGGGUCAUGGCGGCAGCGGGUUGAUGAACGGCGAAUCUGCGAUGUCAGUCCGAGGGACACAGUAGUAUGUGGUGCAUCCGAUCCAUUCUUGUCUGUCUAGAGCGUAUCUGUAUAUUACCACGGAUGUGUAUG